CGCCGCACCGUGAGUCGCUGGUCCGCGCGCGUCAAACCUAUAUCGUUUCGAUACACGCACACCGCGUUUGUGUAGCUCGUGAUAUAUCGCGCUAUGUGCCGUCAGUGUGUGUGUGCCAAAGGAUCCUAGAUGACUGUGGGAAUAGUAAGUGACAGUCGUGCAGCAAAGAAAUGGAAAAGAUAGAGUUAUUGGGCGGUGCUUGCUUCAGCCACGGCCCGUACACGUUCUAUAAAGCGGUGAGAAUAGGGAAUGGUCGUGUACUACGUCUCGGGAGCUUCUUCCUCACGAAACUGUGGAGCGAUGCCGACCUCGUCAGCAUCGGGGAACUUCAGCUGCUGUGGAUGGACAGCCGGGGGCCGAAUCAACCUCUGGCAUCUUUACGGCUGUACUUCUUACCGGAGAACACCCCGGAUGGCCGAAGGGACACGCACGGAGAGGACGAAGUACUGACGAUAUCGGAAAAGGUGGUGGUCCGUGUCCAUGAUCUCGUCACGUGGUUAUCGCCCAAGUUGGAAUGGUCGUGGGGCCGGGAGGUAUCUUACCCACCGACCCCAACGUCGUCUCCGGAGAACAGUCCGCUAAGGUACGAGAUACCUCAGCCGCAGGUGCUCACCGACCCUGGCAUCGAUUUCUCGGACGUCGAUAAACAACAGAAGGAGUACGAAAGCAGUCACAACACGCGAAAGUCGGACUGUAGUUCCCAAACGAAAGUGGUGGUGCUCUCGUACCCCAGGUACUGUCGAUAUCGAGCGCUGUUACGUAGGCUCGAAGGCGCCGAACCGUCCUGGCUUUGCUCGUCCAUAGCAGCCGCACUGGGUGGAUUCACCGCCACACCAGGUACCAGGGUACUCUUCUGCAGAGAUACCUUUGACUACCCGGACCUUGAAACCCACGAGCUCCUCUGUAACCAUUUAGCGCCAAAAUUGAAAGGAAGGCCGAGGAGGAAGCGUAAAAAGCGCAGCGCAUCGCCCGGCGAGUCGAGUAACGAGAGCGAAGCUUCUGUUGCGUCCACCUCGAAGAGUGCCCCAGCGAGUUCGAACGUGGUGAUACCGAGCGUUGGCAGGCCUCCUUCGUCGGUGGUACGGCGAAGCGAGAGGAAGACCACCGCGGAGGAAAAGAAAUUUCUUACGGAUGUGCAGAAUUUCAUGAACUCGCGGGGUACGCCUGUCGGAAAGAUGCCACUGCUGGGCUACAGGCAGAUCGAUCUCUUCCUGUUUUAUACGAAAGUGCAAAUGCUUGGUGGCUACGAUUCCGUCAGCGCUGGUCGGCUUUGGAAGAAUAUAUACGACGAUAUAGGAGGUAAUACAGGAUCUACCAGCGCUGCGACUAUCACACGACGACAUUACGAGAGGUUAUUGUUACCGUACGAGAGGUAUCAACGUGGCGAAGAAGCGAAAGUUAGACUGACACACGGAAGACGAAGCAAAAGUAGCAGCGUGUCCGAAGAAUCCGAGGAUAUUAAGCAAGAAACGAGCGAUUCGUAUCCAUCGGAAACGCCUCCCCCUGUAGAAACGAGUCUUACCACUACAUCCCCUCCCCUUCAACCAAUUGUAUCUACAGCGCCGUUCCUUUCGAAUGAAAAACCUAAAACGGAGACCGGCAAGACAUCCUCUCUGCGAAGUGUACGAGUGAAGCCAGAACGCCUGAAGUCAUUAAAUACCAUGAUCGCCAAUAGUACGCCGUCACCCAGCCAGCAAGCCAGCCAACUGCCAAGUCCGCCACCUUCUUCUAAUACAUCAAUUUCAACGCCGAGCAGUACACCCUCUACCACACCCACGAAUGGUACUGGAAGUCAAAGCGUGUUGGAGAGGCAACUAAACAGCCCUCUAAUAUCGCAACAAGUUCCACCGUCGUGUUCGCCACCGGGUCUGCCGGUAACCACAGUGGUAACGAAUGCUUCUACGGUCGUAACGUUAACACCGCCGCCUGAGAAGGAUAUGAAAGAAAUCAAAUUAGAUCCUAAACAAACCACCCUGCUGGCACAGGGUAAGGAAAACAUCCCGUUGUUCGGUGAAAAGUCAAUUUUCGCGGAAAAGGCGAUAGUGCCUCCUAGAUCGCCAGAAGUGAUCGACCUCGAAACGGAAAGCGACACGAGUAGGGAUAAGAUAAUCAUUCCCAGCUUCAAGAAGCGCAAACUCGAAAUACUUCGCGAAGGUGGUCUCGAAGUCACUGCCGUUGAUCUGGACACGCGACCCAGCGUGAUACAGACCAAUCCCCCUGUGCCAGCGACUAUGAAAUCCGAAGAAAAGCCGCCAAUAUCGUACCCUCUUCCAGUCACGCCUAACUCCAUUCCUAAAUUGAUUUCGGUUACCGUAACACCGGACAUAGGACAUAUGUUAUCAUCUCCGCAAGAGCACCAGCAUCAUCAUCAUCAAGCACGGUUACAAACACCGACUAAGCAGCCACCCGCUCAUUAUAAUAAUAAUAAUAAUAAUAAUAUAACGAUGAACAACAAUAACAUGGUGAACAGCCGUAUAAUAAAUCUUGGUACUUCUAACAACGCGGCGUUGCUUCAAUUGUACGCGAACGCAAACGUUCCGCCACCGGCGUCGUCGGGGUUGCAUCAAGCAAAUCAUCGUUUCGUACCGCCAACUGUUCCUAACGGUAGGAUAUUUCCGCCCAAAGUGACACAGUCGAGGUCGAUAUUCGCACACAACGAAAAAACGGUUUAUGGAGAUCCAAAAGAGAUGUCUAUCCCUCCAAAGUAUCGUCCCUCUCUGUAUCGUUUGCAGCCGCAUCAGAUACACAAUAAUAACGACCCCGCGUACGGCGGGGUAUUGGACUUAACGCAAAAAUCUAACAGCAAGCCGGUGUUUCCAAGGCCGAGCUUAGAAAUAGUGAAAGUACCUGUAGUGCCGAGGCCUAAUCCAUUAAAUUUGGAGAUGAGGAACUCGUCCACGAUUAAAGAGAAACCAACAGAUUGUUCGAAACGAAGUACCUUUCCUGGUUACCAGAACGUACUCGACAGUCGAACCAUGGCUUCGAAUAACUUAGAAAUUACGAUCGUAAACCCUAAGCAAAAGAAUAAUCACAUAAGUGCGCCGGCACACGUUCGCGUGCCGAGUCCACCUAGGAAUAGUGCGAUACCUAUGCAAAGAAGACAACAGCUGAACGGCAAGUAUACGACGAGGAGUGAACCAGUUUCACCGUACACACCUAGGAAGCCGAGUCAUCCUGUUAUACCGAAUGUACCUAAUCUAAAUCACCUGAAUAGUGGAAACUAUCCUAGAAUGGCAAGCAUUCAACAACAGAACACGAUCGAUAGGAGAAAAAACGUAGAAACGAGCGGUAAGGAGCAGCACCAUCAUCAGCAACACCAACACCAACACUCGCAUCAACACCAUCAACACCAAAACCAACACCAUCAUCAACACCAACACCAACAACAACACCAGCACCAACAUCAGCAUCAACACUCGCAUCCACACCAACACCCACACCCGCACUCGCAUCCACACCCCCAUCAACACCAACAUCAACACCAACAACACCAACACCACCAGCACCAAGCGCAUCAGCAACACCAACAAAUACACCAACACCAACAACAGCAGCAGCAGCAACAGCAACAACAACAACAACAACAACAACAACAACAGCAUCAACAGCAACAGCGUCGAAUCAGCGAGGGUGACAAGUCAUUAAUCGCUCAGCAACAGCAACAGCAACAGCAGCAACAGGAACCGAGGCAAACCGAGGCUGGAAGACGACACAGUGUUCCCAGUAUACCUUCUGGUUUUGUACCUGCGGUGCCGCAAAACAAUCCAGCCUUCCUUCCGCAACUGCCAAAUACGCCCGGCAAGUUCCUACCGAUUUUAGACCCCAUGUACUAUUCCGCGUUCUAUAAUGGUUUAUUUCCGCCGAUUCCGCCCACGGCUGCCACGUCGUUUUUAUCGCCGGAAUUCAGUGCGUACUACAAAGAAUUACUUGCUUCCUCGCAACCAAGACUGGGGAUGGCGGGGCAGCACCAGCCGGCUGCCCCAACGUCUAAGUAGACAAUGGGAUCUCAUGUAGGGUUUCCGAUGUGUAGCAAACGUCGGU